CGCUAGCAGGUUAGUGCGCUCGGCGUGAGGCCAGCGGCCGCUCCGUUCCCUGCUCCUCCUCCUCGUCCUCCUCCCCGUCCUCCUCCCCCGGCCGGGCCCGCAGGGGAGAGUGACACUGACCAGGCGGCUCCGUCCCGGCGGCAGCCCCCCGCGCCCCCCCCCUCUCCGUUUCUGAUAAGCAGUUUCUGAGGACUGAAGGACCUGCUAAAAGGAGCACCUGCUUUUGAGGUUGCAAAGGUGCUAAAGCAUGGCUGACUUGGAUCACAACCUCAGUCUUGCGGAUGCUCUGACAGAGCCAACUCCUGAGAUUGAGGAAGAAGUGAAAAGGGACUUCAUUGCCACUCUGGAAGCAGAGAAAUUUGAUGAUGUGGUUGGAGAAACAGUAGAUAAAACAGACUAUGUUCCUCUGCUGGAUGAUGAUGAUGCAAAAGCUGGGAGCCAGGAACCAAAAAGCAAACCCCAUGCAGAUGGUAUUCAGGUGGAAUAUACUUCAGCUUCUGGGCCAACAGUUGUAGAAAAUGGUGACCAUGGAAUGGAAGAUCACCGCGCAGUAUUCCCAGGAGAAAUCAUGGAUGAAAAGCUGUCUUACAAAGAAUUUCUCGAUCGUAAUGACUCCUGGACGAUGGAUGAUGGAGACCUGUGCUUUGAAUCACAGCCCAUAUUCAAACCCAUGGAGAUGGCUGACCCCUUCAGCAUGCACAGAGGGGAGAAUCUGCCUGAUUUAUCAUUUCCUACUGACAUGCAGAAUGUGCCGCUGUUCACGGACCAUGCUGAUGCUUCCAGAGACAUCCAUGCACCACAUGGAUCUAUGAUGGUACCUGAACAACCUUUCUUGGGGCCCCUGUAUUCUCCUGCAGAGGCUCUAGACCCAUCAGCCUUCAUUGGCCUGGAUUCAACUGCAGAAUUUCUGCAAGACAAAGCAGUGCCUGAAGAACAUUGGAUGGGAGUUCAGCAUGACGUGACGGGACCAGAUGCCUCUUUCUUUGUUGAGCCACCAGUGCCCCCUACAGUGACUGAAGCAAUAAAGCUGAAUUUGCCGGAAAGCCCUGCAGCAGUGGCUCCUGGUUUUGUUCCUCCUGCAGUAACAGCAUCCCCAGGAGGGGCUGAAGCUACUGAUGGACCAAAAGGUGCGGCAUCAGCAGGUGCAGCGUGUGUUCCUGCCUCGGAUGUCAUGUCUGUUUCUGCAGAAAAAGCUGAGUCCAUUCUUGCAGGAGACACCAAGCCUCCUCAAGCUCUGGAUGCUGGAUUUGCACCUGCAGCAGAAGCCAACCUUCUUCAGGCUAUGGAUGUCGGGUUUGCUCCUGCCCCAGAAGCCAAGUCUCCUAAUGCUAUCAAUGCUGGAUCCACCCCAGUGGCGGAUACUGGCUUCACCCCAGGAGCAGAUGCUAUGUCCCAUUACGCUACAGAUUUGGAGUUUGCCCCAGCAGAAGACGCAGGGUUUUCCCCAGCAGCAGAUGUGGAAACUCACCAUGCUAUGGAUUUGACAUUUGCCCCAGCAGCAGAUGCGGAAUCUCACCAUGCUAUGGAUUUGGCAUUUGCCCCAGCAGCAGAUGUGGAAUCUCAUCAUGGUAUGGAUUCUGAGUUUGCACCAGCAGCAGAUGCAGAGUUUGCCCCUGCAGCAGAAGUCAACCAUCAUCAUGCUAUGGAUUCUGGGUUUACUCCUGUAGCAGAAGCCAAGCCUCUUCCUGCCAUGGAUUCUGGGUUUGCCUCUGCAGAGGCUAAGUCUCUCUCUGCAGCUGACACCAAGAUUGCUGCAUCUGAAGAGCUGAUGACAUCCGAGUCUUCUCUUGAGCAAGACAAGUCACCCUUCGACAAGCCUCCCACAGAAGCAACUACAAAUGUGGAACAAGAAUCAAAAGUCCCAGAAACUUGUGUUGACCUUUUAGAGAAAGCUAAAGACAGCAGACCACCUCCCAGCCACCAUGAAGAGCAUCUUUCUGAACAGACAAACCAUCUUUCAGAACCUGCAGUUCCAGUAGAAGUAAAAGAAGCCGUUGCACUAGAAAAUAAAGACAUCCUUCCAGAAAAAUCUGUUGCUACUGUGGAUGUUACUGUUACAGAGAAAGAAAAGGAGGAGGCUGAACACAACCAUGUCCAACAUGCAGAGCCUCAGCAAGAAAAAACCCUGCAAGAGCCCACAGGUCUACCUACUGCACAAAUCAGGCAAGCUAACAAAUCAAGUGAACGCAGGUUUGGCAGAGCAAAACCUGCACCAGUGCCUAUUACAGAUGUACCAGAGGAACGUCUAAUAGGUCUCCCACAACAGAAGAGUACUGACUCAAAAGUAGACCCCUGUUCUGUAGUGGAACUUGGAUGUGUUGCUGGAACAUCCCCUCGCACUAGGGUUUCACAUAAAAAGGCGACUGAGCAGCCAGCCAAUGUGCUGUCGGAGUUUGUGGAGAGCUGCAGAGAUGUACCAAGGGAGAGCUGGGAUUUGGAGAGUUCUCUGGCCAUUGUGAAAAAAAAGAAGAAGAAACCAAAACAAAAGAGAAAUCAGCUGCCAAGAACAAUGGACUUCUGGGAUGAAAAUGUAACAGUCUCAAAAGCUCCUAGAAAUUCUCCAUUUGCUGUUGAAUUGCAAAAACCAGAUGUCUGUCCCGUAAUGCCUGCUGAAGCUUGCAAAGAGCAGUCAAUUGCCUCAGGAAGCAGAGUUUCAGAUAUGCCAAAGGAUGCUAAAAUAAUAACUGGAAGUCGUAUCUUGGAUAAGCAAAAUGCCUUCUCAGUGCCAGCACCAGGACAGCGGGCCCAAAAUCCCAGCAUGCCAUUAGAGUCUGUGUUAGACGCAAAAACCGAGGAUGUCAUGAAAACGGAUGAAAUGAGAGGUGACAGUUUGAUGUUGCAAUCUAAAGGCAAAAGAAAAGAGGUUCCUUCAGAGCAGGUAGGCAAGACUAAGGUGAGGGAAUCUGUUUCAGCAGAGGGGUCAACUAAGCCUGUGGAAAGAGAUUUGCUUGAUAAAAAUGAGAAGAGGGAGUAUAAGGAGUCAAAAUGUGCUGACCUGACGGCAUCCCUUUCAGAAGCGAUCAAUCUAAGCAAAGUAGAAACUUCUUUACAGACCAAACCUUCAGAAUUGCUCCUUUCUGAUAACGGUAAGGAGGCUAAAUGCACAUCUCCCAGGCGUGAAGCAUUCAGUGACACUGUCCGGCAUGAGCUUCAGCCUUCCAGUGGGUCACUAGAAGCAGCAGCAAAGAAAAGAGGUAGUUGUGAAAAAAGCAAAGGGGUUGAAAAUGAAUCCUUCAAAGAGCCUGCUUUUCUAGAGGCUGCGGCCCUGUCGGACAAGCUUCCUAAUGAGCCAAAGGCAGCUGAUGAAACUAAAACAGUGUCCUCCGAUAAGUGCAUGGCCAUUGACUUUAGUACUUCAGAAGGAGUAUUGAAGACCCCAACAGAUACUACUAAAAUGCCUGUUAAACCAUUAGUUUUACCAAAACACGAGGAAGUUACUGCUUUGCAAAACAGAAAGGCUGACAGUUUUUCAGACCAGCCAUUUCUUCUGUCGCCUAAGUCUGAUGCAACCAAACAACCCACCUCUGCUGAAGCAGUGGACAGAAUGAUGGUAGCAGAUUCCCCUGAUAAAAACAAAGGGAAAGCAUUUAUUGCAUUAGAGCAGCAGACUGGAAAAGAUCCCAGUAUUGCACAUGGGAUGGACAGACCUAAAAAAAAGCGUGGUGAAGGGAAAAUAAAAAAAAUCAAAAGCUUCUCUGAGCAGAUGAUGCUUUCAGAGGAUGUAAGCAAACUUACUGAUGGAGUGAGGAUGGAUGAGACUAUAAAAGAAACAACUUACCCUGAUAAAGGCAGAGGUUUUACUGCUAGAGGACAUCCAUCAGUAAGCAUUACACAUGCUUAUCCUGCAGACAAGCCAAAAAAAAGAGGUAGUGAUGGAAGAAGUAAAAAAGGUGAAAGAAGUUUUUUCCAGCAGCCUUUUCUUGAGAAUAAGACGGACCCAAGUAGUUUUCCUGACAUAAUUGAUAAAACUAAGGAAGUUAGUGUUAGUGAUAAAGGCAGAGAGAGGGGCUGUAUUGCUGCUGAGUGUUUUAAGGAGAAUAAAUCAGAUGUAACUAAAAUGCAAAGGCCAAUUGAGCUGGUAACAGAGGAGCCUAAGGAAAAUGUUGGAAAAAAUAAAAUAGCUGAUCUGGGUGCUUUAGACCAACCGUUCCCGUUGGAGAGCAGGAGGGAGGAAGGAAAGCAUCUUGCUAUGGCUGACACGAUCAGCAAAACAGAAGAGGUAAAUCUGACUGAUAAAGGCAAAGAGGCUGGAAUUACUUCUGCAGGUGAAUCAGUUGUGAUAAAUUAUAAUGCAACACUGGUGGCAGACAAACCUAGGAAGAGGUGUAGUGAUGGGAAAAGAAAAAAACCUGAAAAAAAUCCUUUGGGGCAAGCAGCUGUCCUGGAUGCUGGGGUGGAAACAAGCAGUCUUCCAAGCAAAGAGAAGGUGGCUGGAAGCACAAAAGAAAUUACCUUUGAUAAAGACAAGGUGUCUGGUUUUGAAAGAGAGCUUUUGCUGGAGAAUCUGACCGGUAUAACCCAAGAUGUGCUGGAAAAGCCUGAAACACGGGGUGGCAAUAGAAGAAGUUUCUCUAAUCAGCCAGUUCUUUCAGGUCAUAAAAUAGAGACAUCAGAGCCAGAAAUACUCAACACUAAAGAAACUUGGCCCAUGAAUAAAGGUAAGGAACUCGAUACAUCCGAGCCUCCCCCGGAGCACAGGACAGACGCAGCUGUGGCACACAGUCCAACCAAGGAACUGGUGGUGGACAAGCCUAAGAAAAAAAGUAGAGAUGUGAAAGGCAAAAAGGCCGAAAAUAGUCUUGUACACUCUGUUGUACUGGGACCAGGUAACAUCCCUGCAGUAGGUGAAGAGGUGGGAGAUAUUAAACAAACUCAGCCUUUUGAUAAAGGCAAAGAGACUAAUUCCAGUGCUUUAGCGAGUCUGCUAGAUGACCCAACCAAUACUACUAAAGUACAAGCUCCUGCUAUACCUCUGGAGCCAGAAAAAUCACACACAAGUAGUAAAGAGAAAUGCAAAAAGAUGGAGGCUAACUUGCAGCAACCAUUUCUUCUGGAGCAUAAAGCAGGUGCAGAGAUGUUUCCUCCUCAUGACAUGGAGAUAACUGACAAGUCUGAAGCAGAAAGUCCCAGUCCUUGCACCAGUGGGGGUGGACUUCCUAUCCUAGAGCAUCCAGCAGUGGCAGAUCGCAGUCUGGCCACAGUUACUGAUAGAUCUAAAAAGAGGGAUUAUGAUGGAAGUAGAAAAAAGGCUAAAAAUGUCUCUGAGCAGCCUGUUUUUCUAGAGUCAAAACCAAACAGGAGUGAAGUGCAGCCUCCCAUGGGAUCUGAGAUGGAAUAUGGAAUGGAAGGCAUGGAUUUUGUAGAUGAAAACAGAAAUAUUAAGAACUUUCCCGUUGGCCCUCAAAUGCUUUGGAAUAAUAAAGGAAUUGACUUUGAAUCCUUUGCUCAGACUGCAGUAACUGGCCGUGGUAACACUGGCAAUGUUUCUUCUGGCUUCCCAAAGCAGACAGAUGAGGGUGCAAGAAGUAAGGGGCUUACUCCUCCUGAAGCAGUAACAGAGAAAAGCAGCAAAGAGCCUGGAUCUGGUGCUAAGAAGGAGAUAGACACACAGAAAUCUUGUGAGCAACCGAUCAGUCUGGCACACAAAGAGCAUGGAAAAGAGGUUUCAAAGAAAGAUGGUAAAACCAAAGAGGCUGGUUCCGAGGGUGGCAGUGAGGCAGGUAAACCACUUUCUUUGGAUCAUUCAGUUAAACAGGACAUUACAUCAAAGAAGGACAAAGUUCACCUUUCUCCUGUGGCAAAGGUGGAUAAUAAAGAAAUAAGAACCACUGAUAAAAAGCACGACACUGACAGCACUUCCUCAGACCUUCCUCAGAAGGUGGCAGAUUCAAAAAAUAGACCAGCUCCUGUAGAUGCCAAAGGGACAGAGAAACUAGAAGCAACUGUCUCUUCUGGAGAGAAGGACACUGGGUGCAUUUUCCCAGAACUUCCAGCAAUACCAGAGAGAAAAGCAGAAGCAGCCAUGUCGCAGGUUGUGGCAGAAGCAUUGAUGGAGAAUAAAGCUGAAGAGGCUGAGCUGGAUGGAGGCAAGAAGAGUGAGCAGAGCUCACUGAAGUGCCCAGGCAGUUUGGACAAUAAAGCAGCUGAAGCAGAGGCUGCUGGUUUAAAUCUGACAGCUGCCCAAACAACCAAAAUAAGUACUAAAGAUAACAAUAAAGGUCAUUCUCGGCCUGCAGAAGAGGAUGCUGCUCACGGUGGGGAAGCUCACCUGAAGGAUGCUCCGGCACUGAAGUCUGAAGUAGAUAAACCUCAAGACACAACUAAAGAAAAAGAAGAAGAAUGUGAACAAAAAGCUGUGAAGGAGGCAAAGAAAGAGAGAGUUAAAGCAGCAGAACAGGUGAAAGGCUACAUGAGACCCACAAAGUCAAGAGGGGUGCCAACUCUGCCAGCCAGGUCUGCUGCUCCAGACAGAGAGAAACAAAGGCAGCUGAAACCCACUGGUAUGAGCCGGCAGAGGCAAGAAAAAGCAAAACCAGAAGAGACCAAACCAGCUGAAGCUGUGACAGGGAAUGAUAUCACAGCACCUCCCAACAAAGAGCUUCCUCCCAGCCCUGAGAAGAAGGCAAAGCCUGCUGCAUCCACAUCAUCUACAAAGCCUGCAGCAACGAAAGCCAGGCCCCUGUCCGCUACCAGCCCCAAGCGGCCAGCCUCUGCCACACCUGGCCCAAACAAAAAACCCACGAGCCCUACUGCAGGUCCUACUUCAGCCACUACUACUAAACGCCCAGCCACCAGUACUACACGUCCCUCCACCUUAACUCCAAAAGAGACUAAACCAAAGGUUGCAGAUGCGAAGACCACAGAUAAGCGGACCUCACUUUCAAAGGCUCCAUCACCUGCCACUCCUAAAACUACUGUGAGGAGCAGCCCUGCUACUCCUAGGACAACGGCGGCAUCGCCAGUCACUGCAGCUGCUGGUGCGAAAAAUACUGCUACUUCUCCACCGAAGAGGCCAACAUCUAUCAAGACUGAUGCAAAGCCUGCAGAUGCCAAGAAGACCUCUGCAAAGUCACCAUCAGCAGACUUGAGCCGCCCUAAAAGUGCUACUGGAAAUGCAGUAAAAAGUAGUGCCACCACUCCUUCUACCACCGCCUCCAGCGCACCUACUUUACCUGGAGUAGCCACCAGUCGUCCCAAACCCAAGCCUGCUGCAACCAAACCCACCGCAACCUCAACCACAACAGCAGAUGCUAAAAAAACAACUGCUAAGGCUCCGACUAAACCCAGCACUGUUUCCAAGCCACCUCGCCCGACCAGCAGCGUUUCUGCUCCAGAUCUGAAAAAUGUACGUUCCAAAAUUGGAUCAACAGAUAAUAUUAAACAUCAGCCUGGUGGAGGAAAGGGGAAAAUAGAGAAAAAGCCAGAAUCGGCUGCUGCUGCACGAAAGUCUGAACCCAAUGCGGUCUCUAAAAUGGCUACUACUAAAACAACCGUAUCAAAAGAGGGUGCCCCAAAACAACCCAAUGGGAAAGUCCAGAUAGUCUCCAAAAAAGCGAACUACAGCCAUGUUCAGUCCAAGUGUGGUUCCAAGGACAAUAUUAAGCAUGUCCCUGGAGGUGGGAAUGUGCAGAUCCAGAACAAGAAAGUUGACCUUUCCAAAGUGUCCUCGAAGUGUGGCUCUAAAGCAAAUAUCAAGCAUAAGCCAGGGGGAGGAGAUGUCAAAAUUGAGAACCAGAAGCUGAACUUCAAGGAGAAGGCCCAAGCCAAAGUGGGUUCUCUGGACAACGUGGGACACUUGCCUGCAGGAGGAACCGUGAAGGCUGAGGGGAGCGUGGAGCCAGGGCAGCUCCCGCCAGCCCCUCAGAACGGAGAGGUGACAGCGGCCCAGGCAGGCAGUGAGAUGCGGGAGAAUGGCGUAGGGCCGGCAGUGCCCACUGCCCUGAGCGGUGGUGACCAAAGGGAAAUUCAGAGCUUCGAGACUCAGAUACAAGAAACAAAUUGAAUCUCACAAGCUGACGUUCCGUGAGAAGGCCAAGGCUCGAACAGACCACGGAGCGGAAAUCGUCGUCUCCAAACCCCCCAACCUUUCCAGCAGCACUUCCCCCUGGCGUAGCACAUCCGUCAGCGAGAGCCUGGGCUCAGUCGCCUCCUUGUCACCGCUGCAACAGCCAGCUCCCCUUGCAGCGCUUUCUCAGCAAGGCUUGUGACCCCUCCCAGCCCCGUCUCCCACGUGCUCCCCAGAGUAACGCAGCUUGGCUCUCUUAACCCGGCGUCUGGCUUUAGAUGGGAAGGGGACAGCGUUUAGCAGGGCUAGCGUCCCUUUCGGCCGCGCUGGCUCCUCGAAGCAUCCUGGAGGCUCGCCCCUGCCCGAGCGUGCCGGGCUCUGGUGGUCCCUUCUUGGCUGGAAAGGGCUUCCUUCCCUCUCCACGCCUCGUCCCUUUUGCUUUUAGGGGGAUACUAGAGUGGGCGUUAGUGUCAUGUGUUGAGGACGGGCAUCUAGUGACUUCCAGGCUGUGCCCCGCUGUCCCAAGCAGUGGGGAGACACACACCAAGUCUGGGUGGUGGGUGGCUGGGUGGGAGCACGCCGACGCUGCUGGUGGCUGAAGCCAGGCCAGAGUUAAUAGGGAUAAGCUGUGAUCUUUCUUUCUGUCUUUUUUAAAAAAAAAAACCCAACUUUUUCCUCCUUGCCGCUUCAGUUUCUGCUGAUCCUGUUUGAUGAUGAUAUAUAUUAUACACACACGUUAGGCUGUUUUAACUGUUGACUUUAACCUUUUAUUCUUUGUGACGAUGUGUUGAUGAUUUAUUGUGCUACAAACCCAUGCUAAGUUUCCUUUUCUCUUUCCUUCUUUUCCUAACCGUAGGAGAGUAGAGACUUUAACCGCUGCUGCAGUGCUGGCUUCUUAUUGACAUAUCCAGCAAUUGUAACUCUUUUGUUGUUGUUUGGGUUUGUUUGGUUUUUUUUUUUUUUAAUAUUUUAAAACGAUGGAGCAAAUUCAUGGGAUUAAGCCAUGUCUGAAAUGAAAGGCACAAGAAUGUGUUAAAGGAAAACUUGCUGUAACAGAUCAGAUGAAGCCUGUGUUGACUGCAACGAGACGUGUUGAAUCGAUGCUCGUAAAACCUCCUGCAGGGCCAAACCACCAGCCCUGGAGGAUGCCUAGGACCUUCUGCACAUUAGCAAGGCAAAGAUGGUUUAUUUAUUAACUUGCACAGCCAAAGCCCUGGGAUUUUACCUUUUUUUCAGCCAGGGCCUGAGGUCUGGAGGAAAGGCAGGAGGCUGCUUUCGCGGUGGAGUUGCAGGUUAACGCAGGCCGUGAGUUCCGAGGCAAAAGCAGGUCUGUGGUGUGCGUGUGUGUUGUUUUAACAGAGGCUGAUGUAUGGGUAACCGUAUCGUCAGGCUGAGCAAGUCUGGUGGGAGGCCGAGGUGGGGAAGAAGGGAAAAGCCGCCUCUCACCCCGGGCGUGAGGCAGGGGUAGCAGAAGGUCUGUGGAGGGCUGGGAGGGAGGCAGAGCUCUUGGCUGGGGCAGGGGAGGCAGGUUUCUAAUGCCAGGGAGUUGCAGCUCUGACUAGGAAGGAGAUUGACCUACUCUUUGAGGCGUGAGCUCCUCGUUUCAUGUUGCAAAUGACACUAAAGAAAUUAAAUGUAAAUAAAUGGAAAAAAAAAAAAAGUGUUCUUGGGUCGUCAAACUAAUUUAAAGCAAAAAAAAAAAAAAAAAGUGGAAUAACAAAACACUGGGAUCAAAGUGAACUGAACCAGGCCUGUGCUAAGGGGGGGCUGUUCAAGGAGGGGACAGAGGGAAGCCUGCAGCUUCUCAUGCUUGUGGGAAUAUUUCUUUGGGAAGCUGACAAUGACACGAUAACCCGGAAUCUGUAUUUACACACAAAGAUUCUUAUUGCACUUGUAUUUUUUAUAUUAAAGUUUGCAUGAUUUCUAAUAAAAUGGCAUUAAAAUGUACUAGUUUGCAUCAAAGUCGUCUGCUAGUUUCAUAAGUGCUUUUUCCUCUGAAUACAAAUUUAAAUAAGCAAUGCAGAUUUGCACCUGAAAGGGGCGGUUAUAUAUACCCUAGAAAACUCCCAGUGCUUCCCUUCCUCUUCUCCCUCCUCCUCCUCCUCCUCCUCCCCACCUCUCCCAUCCCCUCUGUGCCACAUUCCCCUAAUCCCAAACUGGGGAAGGCGGCCGAGCCGGUCGCUCCCUGCCCUCGUGUUGUGCGUGCUGCUGCUGCGCGGCCUCGCGUUCACCGCUGCCGAGGCCAUCCCUGGAGGAGCCAGCACUAACCCCCCGGCCCCCUCGCUCUCCUCGUGUGUGGCUGGCUCUGCAGAGAGAAAAGCUGGAGAUGGGGAAGGGGUCGGAAACCUCAUUUCUCAAGAGAGCGGAGCUGUGUUGUGAUGCUUGAACCCCUCCAGCCCCGGUUCCGUGGCCUGUGACGGUGCUGCCUCCGACCACCCGUUCACCUGCAUGCCGCCCUCCGGUAUAUAUCACUGCCCCUUCGCUGAUGCUUCCUUCUUUCUCUUACUGCUAAAUUCUAAACACCAGCUUGAUCUUGUCAAUCUUGGGUGGGUUGGUUGGUUUUUUUCCCAACACGUGAGGGCGAGUUUGGAGGAGAGGGACUGAGAGGAGAGCAGGCUGAAGGAGAAGGCAGGGGCUGUGCUUCCCGGAGCAGUAGUGUCGGAUCUGCUCCGGGCCAGGGCAGGCAGGGCUGCGCAGGCAGCUGCGGGAGGGCAGGCAGGCGCUGUCGAGAGGGUCCUGUGCCCGCAAGGUGUGCGCGGAGCCCUGCUUCCCUGCCUGCGAAAGGCAAAUAAAGGCUGGCGGCGGGCUGAAGCCGAUCUCCGGCCUCACCGGCCGGGCAGGGAAGCUGGGAAGUUUGUUUGUGCCGGUGGGCAGCGGCAGGGGACCAGACGGAGGUGUGGACGGCAGAGUCCGGUGGUGUUUGUGGUUAACCAAAGAGGAGGUGGUAGCUGAAAUGUCGGGUUCCUCGUGCUGCUCUGCCCUGGGCGCUCUGGGGGUGAGAUGCCCGGGCAGAGGGAGGCAGCCGGGUCCUGGUCUUGGUUCAGGUGCUGCAGGAGGAAGGCAAGUGGCAACAUUGCACUUUAUCUUCUGAGAUUGCAAAAAAAAUAAAAAGGCAAGCAAACCCCUAAGACCCUGCAAAGGGACAGUAAUGCCACCUUCUCUCCCUGCAUUGCUUUUAUCUGAUUUAUUGACUGCUCGGCAGUCUUGGAUAAGGCUUUCAUGUCUGCAUACGGUUUGCGGCGGCAUUCAGGCCUGUCUCUGAACAUGCACAAACCUUCCCAGACUCUCACACGGUUCAGCUGAACACUAACCGACCGACCUCUGCUUCUGUGCCACUUUCUCUAACACUUGUUGUGCCUGUGUUUAGCUGACAAACUAAAUCCGGAUACACUAGUUUGGUGUGGUUUUUCUAGGACAGCUUCAGUUUUAAUACGGAGUUUUGUUUUUGGUUUUUUUUUUUUAUUUUAUUUUAAGGAAACGGCUGUACAUAUUGCUAGCCUGGGAAGAGAGCCAUGUGUGGUGAAAAUGACUUUAGUUUCCUAUCUGGAGAGGUGGGAGUGAGCUGGUUAGUGCUGAGACCUUAAAUGAAGAUGACAGAGAAGCUGCUGGCUGGCUAAGCGCCCGCCCAGCCGGGCAGAGCAGGGGAAGGAGCUGCGUUCGCUGUUGGCUUGAUCUAGGGCUAGAGGUAGCACAUUCUGUUGGGGAAAAUGAGUUGUGGUCUGAAUUAGAUGCAACUUGAAUGUACACGUUCCUGUCCCGAGAUGCCUCCCGUGGGUCCUGGCUUUCUCUGCAGCUGCAUUUGGCGUGACUCUGCUCUGGGGGGCAGGCAGCGUGGGGGAGAGGGGAGGGCUGGGGUGGCCAGAGCAGCCUGGGGGCUUUGGUGAGCUGGGCGCUGGUGGGCUCGGUCCCCACUGGAUGGGGCGCAGAGGCAGUGUGGGCAACGCUCGGGCUCCAGGCGUGCUGGAGCCUGCUCCUGCCUUGGGCAAGAUGCUCAGCAAAGACCUUUCCUAAGCUCGUGGUCGGGGUGAGCAUUGAUUUGGAGGUGUCUGAGCUGCUGAAGUGAUGAGAAAGCUGUGCAGGCUGCGGGCAGGGGAUGCGGUGCAGCGGGAAGGGCUGGGUGGGAGCUCCUUUCUGGCAGGCGCUGGGGACCCUCCCUGGCUGCCAGCAUUUGUGCUCUGGUAGAGCAGGUGGCUUCCCCAUGGCCCAGGCUGCUCAGCUGAUGUCCUCUCUGCUGGAGCCUGGCGUCUCCCUGCAUAUCAGUGGCAUAUACAGUUACUUUGGGGCUUUUUAUACUGUUAAACAAAAAGUACAGUCAAGUAACCAAUUUUGUGGGCUUGAGGCCACAGGAGCAGGAGGCCGGGAGCUGCGGCAGCUUUGCUGCUGUCCCCAGCGCGCGCCUCCCCUUGGGUCGGAGUCCUGACCGCAAACUGAAUGUAGUUUUCUAUGCUGACCCUCGCUGUUGUCCCCCUGCAUAGUGUCGGUGUGUGAAUGGGGCUCUAGGACCCUUGUGUGUUUGUGUUGUUUAGGCAGAAUUUCUAGUUUUCUUGGAACAGGGCAGGAGCUUGACAUCGGUGACAUCUUUGGGGUGACAGGGGCUCCUGUGUCCUCCCUCUACGUGGAAGGAGAUGGCCGAGCCUCUCCUGAGCCGGUCACGGCUGUUCAACGCUGCCCCUGCAAAAGGCCGAGUGACCAUAGCUGUCGGGAGGUCAGCAGCCUCCAGGCUUGGGAGAAACGUCACCGAAAAGCCCUCCUCGCCUGGAGCAGCCUGCGGGUGGGGUGGAAAACUGCUACAGGAGGCAGCAGCGGAAAGCGUGCUCCGGCUCUCCUUCCUCCUCACCACUUGAAAUCCAGCUAGAGUAAGCCUUUGCCUUUCAAAUCUCCCUCACGCGAGUCUCGCUGGCCACCAGCUGGUGUCUAGAGUAAGAGAUCAGACACGAGACUCGCUCUUGCACCCGUUGUGAUCAUCCCACCCCAGCAUUCAGCAUUGCCUGCAGCUUCGAUUACCCCGUAACGUAGGUACAACGAGUAACGACAUAGUGGGGGAAAUGACCGUGUGGAGGGGUUGGACCGAGAGGACAGCGUGGCUGGAGACAAGGGCUCGGGGCGCAGGGCCCGGGAGGGCUGAUCCUGGUGCUCGGCCCCCUCUGUGGUCUCGGGAAGUCACUUAACCUCUCUGCCUCAGUUUCCCCAUCUACAAGGUGGGGAUGAUGAUACUACUUACCUCACCGGGUUGUUGUGAGGAGUGAGCAGUGUGUAAAGUGUUCUCUAAAUGUGAUGUAUUAUUAUUAUUUUGUGUUAUAGGAUUAUUCAGCGGUGGCACCGUCUCUUCUGUGCUGGUGGGUGCGCCGUGCUGCCCGAGGAGGGGGUGCAGCCGGUGCCGGCUGCUGGGGCGAGUGACAUGGCUGUAGCUGUACCGUAGUGGGGUGGUGCUGAGGGGAGGGAGGCGAGGGCUGGCGGGGGGGGGGGUUAGUGCAUGGGUGUAAGGCCUGAGACAACAGCUCUGUGCGUGGGGGGGGGCUGGGGCAGAGCCCCUCCUGCCUUGGAGUGAAUUCAUACCGGUUUGCUUCUGCCUUUCUGUCUCGCCCUCCUGCGAGGGGCUGUAAGACUGUCGUCUCCUUAGCAACAUUUCCUGACUUGAUGUUGUGAUUCUUACUAUUGUAAAGGGUUGAAAUAAAGCUUCUAGAUGUUC